AUGUCUACUACAACCUCCACAUUGCUUAUUGCUACACUCUGUGUCUUGUUUACCUUUGGCACCAUUGCCAACGCUUGGAAGCCAGAGGAUGUCCAAAUCAACUGCUAUUUGAACUCUCAAUGGAGAGAUUUUAACAACAAGAACUGGUCCUCCUACGACUGUGUCAUCAACAAUGAAGCUCCAAUGCCAAUCAACGACCUCUGGCUCGUCUACUCUGGAUCGUCCCGUCCAUCAACAAUGUGGGGUGGUCUCAACGUUCGCAACGCCACGGCCAACAUCUUCCAGUUGGAUCAAUGGUCAAGACCAAUCCGUGUCAGCAGCCGUGUGAACUUUGGCUACACUGUCAACUCGUUCGAGUCUGCCAACUGGUCCGUCCUCAACAUUUCGAGACUGUUGUCCAGUGAGGAGCAGAUGUGGAUUGCCAUCGAUGAGAUCAGAUUGGUUGCCCAGGACGCCAAGGCAAUUGCCAUGGAAGCCAGAACCAUUGCCACUGAAGCCAAGAAUAUUGCCGCCGAUGCCAAGAACAUUUCCAACGAAGCAAAGGCUAUUGCUGCUGACGCCAAGUCAAUUGCCGCCGAGGCCAAUAUCAUUGCCGCUGAGGCCAAGGCAUAUUCCAUGCGUGCCAACAACCUCUCUACUGAGACCCAGCCCAUUGCCAAUGAGGCAAAGAACAUUGCCCUCCUAGCCAACUCGGCUUCAAUUGAAGCCGCUUUGAAGUUGGCCGAGGCUCAAAGAGCUGCUUUGAUGAACCAGUACCUCAUCCAGAACUUGACGGCCACUCAGUCUGGUGAUAUGCAACAAGUUAUGCUGCAGCUCCAAACUAUGACAACUAAGGCUAAAGAAGAAUAUGAGGCAAUGAUGAAGAGGGUCCAAGAGCAAAUGGCCGAUUCAAAGAAUGAAAUCAUUGGAAACAUGAGAGGUGAGGCUGAGGAUGUCGCUCGUAAGAUUCUCGAACAAAUGGCCACAACAACCUCAACUACUACCUCGCCUGCCACGACCAUCUCCACUACAUCAACUUCCUCUACUACUGGAUCAACCUCCACCACGUCCACAGAAGUACCAACCACCACGGCAUAA